CUGUCGUAGGGCGUGUUUGACCGGAUUGCCCGCAUCUGGUCUUCACAAGAUAUUGUAAGGCGAAAUUAAUAACAUUUGCAAACAUUGUAGAAGAUAACGGCAACAAUAAAUUAUUUAAUAAUAAUUGAAAAAUAAGCCGUAUAAAAGGAGGGAUUAGCGUGGAGAUCAGACAGACGACUGCGGUAUCCGAAGAGCUAAAACUCGAGAAACGCAAGGGGAACCACCAGGCUUACGUUUCGACAUGAAGAUGCUUCAAGGAAUUCAGACUGUUCUUUUACUUUCCUGUCAGUUUUGGUUUGUGACCAGAGGAGAGGCGGUGUUGACGUGGAGGGAAAACGACAGAAAUGUAAAUCAGAAAAAAUAUAUUGAUCUGGUUGGUGUUGAAGCACCAAGAGGUGGAAAGAGAGGAAUUGAUCUGGCUGGUAUUGAAGCACCAAGAGGUGGAAAGAGAGGAAUUGAUCUGGCUGGUGUUGAAGCACCAAGAGGUGGAAAGAGAGGAAUUGAUCUAACUGGUUUUGAAGCACCAAGAGGUGGAAAGAGAGGAAUUGAUCUGGCUGGUAUUGAAGCACCAAGAGGUGGAAAGAGAGAAAUUGAUCUGGCUGGUGUUGAAGCACCAAGAGGUGGAAAGAGAGGAAUUGAUCUGGCUGGUGUUGAAGCACCAAGAGGUGGAAAGAGAGGAAUUGAUCUGGCUGGUAUUGAAGCACCAAGAGGUGGAAAGAGAGACAUUGACCUGGCUGGUAUUGAAGCACCAAGAGGUGGAAAGAGAGGAAUUGAUCUGGCUGGUAUUGAAGCACCAAGAGGUGGAAAGAGAGGAAUUGAACUGGCUGGUAUUGAAGCACCAAGAGGUGGAAAGAGAGGAAUUGAUCUGGCUGGUGUUGAAGCACCAAGAGGUGGAAAAAGAGACAUCAAUCUGGUGGGUGCUGAAGCACCAAGAGGUGGAAAGAGAGACGUUAAUCUGGCUGGUAUUGAAGCACCAAGAGGUGGAAAAAGAGACGUUACUCUGGCUGGUGUUGAAGCACCAAGAGGUGGCAAAAGAAACAUUGAUCUGACUGGUAUUGAAGCACCAAGAGGUGGCAAGAGGAGGACCAUAAUUUAUCUGGCUGGCAUUGAAGCACCAAGAGGUGGAAAGAGAGAAAUUGAUCUGACUGGCGUUGAAGCACCAAGAGGUGGAAAGUAAAUAUAUUAAUCGUUAUUGAUGAAAUGGAGAACAAAUUAUUAAAAGGAAAUUAUACAAAAUGAAAAUAUAUAAUAAGCUAAUGUGAAGAAUAUAUGAAAGUGUAGGUGAAAUAACUUAGGUAAGCAUGUAUUAUCACCUAAUAUAUAGAAGUAACCAAACAAUGUAUUAAGUCACUUCUCCAUGCAUAAUACUGGAAGGUGUUCUUAAAUUGAACUAAAUAUAAUUUGCAAUGUCAUAUUA